CCCCCCGAGCCGCCUGCUGAAUGUGGACAGCGUAGGAUGGAAGAUCCACCAAGUUCUGGUCCGAGGCCCUGGAACAUCGCGCUUGACCUCCACCUCUCCGCCACCUCGCUCAAGCACACGCGCACAACCGCCCGUUUUACCGCCAUCCCGAACCAGGCGGGGACCGGUGGCACGGGGUGACGAGAUUCCAGGAUGUUUGUGAAUUUCCGGCGCAUCCGGAAAUGCCAGUUGGUGCAGCUGAUGACCACCUGCCUGGUGCUGUCGGUGCUGAUGGUGUGCUGGGAGCAGCUGGACGCCAAUGUCUUCGGCCACGUCAAGUCCUACUCCUACCGCUACCUGGUCAACCGCUUAGACUACAUCAACAAGAGCCUCACCAUCCCGCGGGAGCAGGCCAGGAGCUUCAGCGACUUCCGCUACCUGCUGGACCACUCGGGUAAGUGCGCCGGCGAAGACGUCCUCCUCCUCCUCUUCGUCAAAACAUCCCCGGAGAACAUCGACAGGAGAAACGCCAUCAGGUCCACUUGGGGCAACGAGACCUACAUCCGGAGCGCCCUGGGAGCCACGGUCAAGGUGGUGUUCGCCUUGGGGAGGCCGAAGGAGGCCGAGGAGGAGGCGGGGCAACCCGCCCGCGGCACCGGGCUCGUCCGCGAGGACCGUCUACACGGGGAUUUGAUCCAGCGGGACUUUUUAGACUCUUUCCACAACCUGACCCUGAAGCUGAUCCUGCAGUUCCACUGGAUGCACACCCGCUGCGCACACGCCCGCUUCCUCAUGACGGCCGACGACGACGUCUUCGUCCACAUGCCCAACCUGGUGGGCUACCUGCGGGGCGCGAGCCGCAGAGGCGUCACGGACUUGUGGGUCGGUCGAGUGCACAGGGGGGCACCGCCGAUCCGCAGCAGGGACAGCAAGUACUACGUGCCCUUCGAGAUGUACCAGUGGUUGUCUUACCCCGACUACACAGCCGGUGCCGGGUACGUGGUGUCCAGGGACGUGGCGGACAAAAUCUACCAAGCCACGCUGACCCUGAACGCCUCCCUGUACAUAGACGACGUCUUCAUGGGCAUCUGCGCCAACGCAGUCGGGGUGUCUCCGCAGGAGCACGUGUACUUCUCAGGCGAGGGCAAAGCGCCCUACCACACGUGUAUCUAUGAUCAGAUGAUGACCUCACAUGGCCACGUGGAGGACAUCCAUGACCUCUGGGAGGCAGCGACCAACCCGCAGGUGAAGCAGAAGGCUUCCGGGCUCAUGGGCAGGCUGUACUGUACUGCCGUGAAAAUGUCCCUCCUUUGUAAACCGUACAAUUUUAACACCUACCCUUGCAAAGCAGCCUUUUUGUAGGAUUAUGUCAGGUGUGUGUGUGUGUGUUUGAUUGUUUGGUAAGCGGGAGAGGGAGUUUGUCAGAGGUCAAAAUGAAUGGAGGAUUGUCGCUGCAGAUAUUACCUCAGUCCUUUCAGUCGGACACCGAUGUCUUCUUGGUUUAAUAAUGUCACAUGGUUGGCUUUGCAUUGACGGCAGAAUGCGUCUUUAAGUUUAAGACACAGUUUGCACGUGGUCCAAACUCACAACUUAGAUUCUAAUGUGUGAACCAGCGUAUAUCUUCCAUUUCAGCCAGUUGAUUAUAAGAGAACUUACUGAUUUUAUUUCUACUGCUGCGACACACAAAUUGGUUUCAAAAUGUCAUAGUACUCAAGAUUAAAACCUCUCUCCCAGACAAUAUAUCAAUUCCAUUACUUCAAAAGAAAGAAAAUGUGUUAGUAACACACCGGAAGAAGCAUGACGAUAUGCAAUUGUUCAGUGAUGAUUCAAAUCUAAAAAUGUCUCCAUGUCACAAUGUGCAACAUUCCUCACAAUGAAGCAGAACUGAUGUGUCAAUGAGAAAACUUUACAAACAGCGAGUGUGCGGAAAAAUAUAUAAAGAUGUAUUUAUGAGCAACAACGCCUCUGAAUUGAACAUUUUCUUGUCAUAUCUUUUUUUUUGUUAUUAGAUUUGUGAAAAGGCUUUUUUUAAUGAAAUAACAUCUUUAAAGUCAGAGAAAGUGUUUUUAUUAGUCUUAGCAGCUGGUGGAUUCUUUUUUCUGGUAGGGCGAGCCAAUCAGUUUCAGUAAAGGAUGAUUCAAUGCAAAAAAAAAUGGUAUCAAACACACAUUAAUUUGCAGUUUAACAUAAUAAGGACAUCUCAUUCAAACAAUUCAGUAUAUCGAUGAAACAAUAUUCAGAAUGUGAUAUGACAAUCAUUUUGUAACUAUUAUAUAAAUAUCAUGGUACAGAGUUUGAGUCUUCUUGGGAGGACACUGCAAUUGACUAUUUCUAAAAUGUAUUUUUAAUACAAACAAAAAUAUACAUUAUACUUUAUA